GUAACUGCUGAGCAUAAUGACUGUGAUGGCGUAAAAUCACAACACACAUAUAAUGGACACCCCUCCAAAAACAACACAUCACGGUGGAAAUUCCUUUACACAAGCCAACCAGAUUGAACAAUACUCCUUCCAUAGUCACAGAAAGAAAAAAUACAGGUUUAGCCACUCCUGGAAAAACCCAUUUUUUAUAAUUAGCCUUACCAUCGUGUCUAUUUUCAAAUGGGAAUUUCCUCUUCAAAUAUGUAUAUAUAAACCAGCAGCAGUAAGCCUCGGGUAUCAGACAAACCAAACCAGCAGCAGGUUUAACCACUACAAUGGCUCUUACUUGGAAUCUGCUUCUCCUCAUUGGACUUGUAUUUGUCAUUUCUGUUUCUCAAGCGUCUGGGGACUAUGAUUGCUGUACUUCCUACAGACAAAAAAAGAUCCCCCAGAAGAUUAUCAAGGGAUUCUACAUCCAAAAAUCAAGCGAGGUCUGUGACCUGGAUGCAAUUGUGUUUGAAGUUGCGUACAAGUCACAGAUAAAUCGCAAAGUGUCUAUCAAGUCCAGGCUGUGUGCAGAUCCCAAGGAAAAGUGGGUUCAAAGCCGCAUUGAAGAACUAAAGAACAAAGCUUUAAAGAUGAAGAUCCAGAAGAAAGCACAAAAGAAGAGGAUAAAGAAACAGAUUCGCAACUGAACAUCCUGCAGUUCAACUACAGCAAGUGACAGAGUCACAGUAUCUGGUUUCUUAUGAAACUAACAAACACAGCACUUGAUUCAUAUUGCAUCAUCCCUACCUUAACCCUAGAGGAAUAUGGCAGCUCCUUUGCAGGAGUCGUUCUAUUUUGCUACAAAAUUUUCCAUUUUUAGGGAAACCCUAUUGGGUCAGCCCACAGCUGCUUUUUUGGGAACUAGACUAAGCGCUGGAGCUGACUCCACCUGCACACUGCAGUUUUGCCCUUGUUACAGCUCAUCAGUGCAAACUAAGGGGUUGCACUUUUUGUUGCAUUGCCUCUUAGCUUUCUGAUCAGCAUCAAUGAAAAAAAACACACAAGCACAAAAUUAAUUCAUGUUUUUUGUUACUAAAGUCUUCUCCAUUCUAAUGUUUAUUGCCCCUUUUUUGUUGUUAGUACCAAUGCCUUUUACAUUACAUUUCCAUCAAUUUGUGACAUCCGGUAUUUGUGUUCCAUUUCAAACUUUUAAGUAAAGAAGAUGCACUUCAUAUUUUCUUGUUUCUUUGUUUUCUGUACUGUCUACUUUUUUCUGUUGUGCCACAUUUUGUAAAUGUAUUCCAUAAUAUUUGAGCUUUUAGUUCUAUUUCUAUAUAAAUAAACAUAUCAGCUAUUCUCA